AUGCAGGUCGUUCUGUCUCGCCGUGGUGCCCUUCGGUGCAGCCAGGCAGGACGUCAAACAGCUGUUUCCGUCCGCGCAGUGGCUCAGGCGGACGUCAAGUGUGUGGUCCUCAAGGCGCAGCGCGUAACGCCCGAGCUGUUUGCGCCGUUUGGCCAGCUCAUCUGCGCCACGGAGGACGGCAAGGUGUUUGAUGGCGAGGACGCGCAGCUGGUGCUCGACAAGGGCAUCCCCAGGUUCUACAUCAUGCGCCUGCCCGCACGCAAGCCGGCGCUCACCUUUGACCGCAUCACCUUCCACUCACAGUGCACCCAGUGUCUGGGCGUGCUGCAGGACCACCCUUGGUACAUGGUGGUGGCGCGCCCUGGCGGCCAGCCAGGUGACCUGCAGCGCCACCCAAGGGUGGAGGACAUGGCGACCUUUGAGAUCCCCCACGGCUGCUUCGUGAAGAUGGAGAGCGGCACGUGGCACGCGGGCCCAUUUUUCAAGGACGUGGAUUUCCUGGACUUCUACAACCUGGAGCUGGCUGACACAAACGUGGUCGACCACAACACGCACAAGUACUCAGUGGAGGGCGUCCGCUUCCAGAUCGAACAGCCGUGA